CCCCGCUGCCGCAGCCGCCGGCCCCGCUCCCUGGCCGCAGCCGCCCCGCAGCAGGGUCCCCGCCCGGCCAUGCUGCUGGGGGACGAGAUCAGCGCCGGGGACCGGCUGAGCGGAGCCGCCGCCCGGGGGGACCUGACCGAGCUGCGCCGCCUCCUGCACCAGGAGCUGGUUCAUCCCGACUCGCACAACCGCUUCGGCAAGACGGCGCUGCAGGUGAUGAUGUUCGGCAACACGUUUGUGGCAGAGGAGCUGCUGAAGCAGGGCGCCAGCCCCAACAUCCAGGACGAGGCCGGCCGGGCACCCGCCCACGACGCCGCCCGCACCGGCUUCCUGGACACCCUGCGCGUGCUGGUGGAGCACGGGGCCGACGUCAACGUGCCCGAUGGGGCGGGGGCACUGCCCGUCCACGUGGCCGUCCGGGAGGGGCACACGGAGGUGGUGCAGUACCUGGCGCCCGAGUCCAACCUGCAGCACCGCGACGCCGAGGGGCGCACCCCACUGGAGCUUGCCCGUCACCUGGGCCUGUCGCACCUCGAGGCCAUCCUGGAGCAGCACCUGUCUGCCCCCGCGUAACACCUUCCUGGGCAGGAGGUGGGUGGCACCGCUCUGGGUGGGGGUGGCUAGCUCCUCCGGGGACAUCCCCAAUCCCUCCGUUGCACCCGCCCCAAAGGGACUUGCCUGCCCCUUCCCGUCCUAAAUCCCGGCCCGUGUAAAGGCAGCUCCCCACCCCCCACCUACCUCAGAGUUCGUCUUUAACUUUCACUGUUGUUCCUAUUUAUAUUUUUUGUGGGUGCUUUUCUCCCCUCCUAGGAUGUUCCCAAGUGGGGGGGGGGCUUCUCCCCACCCUCUCCUCUUUGCAUCCCCGCUCCCUUCCGGGUUGCUGACCUGUUGCGGGGGGAGGGGGAAUGCCUGGUUUUGCUGCCCAUGAUUCGAACUCGGAUCCCUGGGUGGCUUGCUAACCUUGCCUUGCAAAGCCGGAGCUUCCCUGCCCCCUCCCACUUCAGUGCAAAGCGGGGGGGGGGUGUUGUGUGGCUCCCCAGGAAAGAGCUCCAUGCACAGUGCUCUCUGGUCUCUCCCCACCCCCGUAUCUGCCGUUCCCCCCCUCCCCUGUACAGUGUUAUUUUGUGAGUGUCCGUUUUGCAUUGAAUCCAGCCGGGAGGGGCGGGGGCACUGGGAACUGUGGUGUGCAAAGGAUUAAUGGGACCGAGCUGAUGGGUCUCCAGUGGGGGGCUGCUCCUGUCUCAGCACAGCGCUGGAUUUGAGUAGGAGCUAUGGGGCAAAUACCUGCGUCUAGGGCCGGCCAGCAGUUGGGAUCCCCCAUGUCCAUGCAUGGGGCUGCCAUUAAAGGGGGCGUCCCCAUGGGGGUUCCAUACCCAGUCCCAGCGCUGUGCCUCCUGCCCCUCCUCGGUCCAGGCUGCCCUAGAGACUACACAUCCCAGCAUGCAAUGCAGCUCAGGCCGGGCUCUGUGGUCUCGCCAAGCCACGCGCCAGCCACGUUUUGGGGGCUGGUGGCUGGUGUUUUCACUCCUCUGCUAGGCCCCUCAGGGACGGGCGAGCAGCGUCCCCCCCCCCCCCGCGCCCAUGUGUUUGAAACAGAAUUGUCUGUGCGUUGAAAACGUUUGAGCUUGAUUCUUCCGGCUGCAGCCUCUUCCCCGGAUGAAUUGGUGGAUCUGUGCUGUGUACAUAGUGUUUUUUUAAAACAGAGAAAAGAUUAAACCAGAUUCUAUUUAUUGUGCUUUGGAGGAAAUGUUGGGGGAUAAUUUAAUGUUUUUAACCAUUAAAUUAAUAUUUGUGGAUUAUGAA